UUGUAUAUUGUUGUGGAUGAUAUAGUGUACAAUUGCACGCAAUUCGUCCGUGAAAAUACAGGUGGUCCUCGAGUGAUUGAGAACUUCAAAGGGCAAGUUUUCUCGUGGCAGUUUUGGAGAUUUCAUUCAGCAAAGAACAUAGAGGAAUGGGUAAAGCCGGUGAGAGUUGCGCGUACAAAAAAUGUAGGGAACAGAUGGAAGGAAAGGCUGAGAUGGGUGGGGUUGAGGAAGCUUGGCGCGGUGGAGGAAGGAAGUUGGUGA